ACUCAACGAUAAUCCGAGUGCCCAGCAAAAUAUCAGUCUAAGCGAAGUGAUUCAAACGACACAAACGAAAAUCAAUUGCACCCAUCUGAUAGUGUUGAAUGACAAGACACUGGGAGCUGCUGUGACAGCUCAAAACCAAAAUGCGCCGCUGGGAAAAAAAUCCAUUUUCGACGACUUCCAAGCCCAUUGCCACAAUACCGGAUAAUGGCAUCUAUGAGCUGGAGCUGACGAUAAUCACAACGCCAGCUGGACAAAAGUUCCAGGCCACCGUACAAAUUGGUUACUGGGGUCCACAUGGGUAUAUUUCUGCCACGGAUUGGCCUUUCUUGCCAUUCUAUUUGACCAUGUGCAUUGUGUAUGUGUUCUUUGGCAUCAUCUGGCUAUUUGUCUCCUUUGCCCAGUGGCGUGAUCUGCUGCGCAUACAAUUCUGGAUUGGCGGAGUCAUUCUACUCGGAAUGCUUGAGAAGGCCUUCUUCUAUGCCGAAUAUCAAACGGUGGCCAACACUGGUUAUCCUGUGUAUCACGCCGAAAUCGUUGCCGAAUUUGUUUCGUGUGCUAAGAGGACAUUGGCUCGUAUGCUUGUCAUUAUUAUGAGUCUGGGCUUUGGCAUUGUCAAACCUCGCUUGGGACCCAUGUUGCAUCGAGUUGUGGGUGUUGGAGCGCUGUACUUUCUACUCGCCUGUGUAGAGAGCUAUUUGCGCAUCACCAAGGUGCAGGGCGAUCGCAGCAAGCAGCUGGUGGCCACCAUUCCAUUGAUGGUGCUGGACUGCGGCAUCUUCUGGUGGAUAUUCACAUCACUAGUGCAGACCACAAGGACACUGCGUCUGCGCAGGAACAUGGUUAAACUACUGCUGUAUAGACACUUUACCAAUACGUUGAUCUUCGCCGUUGUCGCUUCCGUCAUCUUUAUGCUAUUUGCUUUGCGUUUGCGUCGUACCGAAGCUUGCACACCUGGUUGGCAAGAUAUUUGGGUUGAGACCUGCUUCUGGCAUAUGCUCUUCUCGGUACUGUUGCUGGUCAUCAUGAUACUUUGGCGACCCACAAACAAUAAUCAGCGUUAUGCUUUCACGCCGCUGCUUGACAAUCCCGAGGAUGAGGACGAUGAUGAUGAAGAAGAUCAAUUUGUGGCCGAUGCCUAUGGCGUUAAGAUGCGAAGUUCACAUCAGAAUGGUGGCAGCAGAACACCAACGAAUAAUUCACGAACAGCCGCCACAACCAAUGAGGAGGAUGAUUUGCGUUGGGUGGAGGAGAAUAUACCAUCGGCAAUGGGCGACACGCCGUUGCCGGUAAUCGAUUCCGAUGAGGAGAUCAUCAGCACAAAGUUUGAAGUUUCCAAAAUGCAAUAAGCUGCAGCUGGCUGUAUGACCUAAGAGACUUUUGCAUAUGUUGUGUUUACAUGCACACACAUUUAUUUAUGACUUAUUAAUCAAAACGCAAAACAAGAAAACAAAAAUCACGCACUAAAGAGAAACGAAGAGCAACUGUUUGCUGGACAACAACCUGACGCAGUCUGUGGUUGGCAAUCGAGGCUGUUUUUUACCCUCCCUUCCCCAGCUCUUCAACUCUCUCUCUCUUCUCCAGCCUCAACCUCAAGUCAACUCCUUCACCCUCACCUUCAGCUAUCCAGAAUAAUGUCUGGUCUGGUCACAGGGUUUAUUUUCGAGCAGCCCGUGUAAAAUAUUGUAUGUAAUAUCGUAAAUCUUAAAAUGGUGAUGCGUAAAAAUCUUAAUCUUAUUAUCGAGCUCCUAAAAUAAAUCGUAAUUUAUUUGUAAACGCUAGCUUAAGUUGUAGAUAUUUAGCGUGACAAAUAACGUGCAACAAUUCUUCGGUAUGAUAAAGAAAAACACAAAAAAAAAACUCUAGUACUUGUAAACUUUUUAUCAUUCUAAACAAAUAUAGUACACACGCACACACACACACACUUGUAGGUGUUGCUAUCAACAAUGUGUGGCAUUAAUGUUGUCGCACUCUUUGUAAAUACUUGAUAACAUCCACUCACACACACAAACAAGAAAUAAUAUUAAUUAAUAUAUAUAUAAACAAAAUUUUGAUAAAGGAGAAAAAGAACGGAAGCGAAAUGAAACGAUUCACGGCAAAGAAAUGUUGCAAUAUAACUUAUAAAAUAAACUACAAUUGAAUUUGUAUCCAUGUAUUAUAAGUAUAUAAGAUCAACAACAAUCACUUACCUUAUUUAAAUACAUACAAUGUAGCGUAGUUUGCGAUCUUUUCAUAUAACAAAUAAUAAACAAGCAUAGCCAUACCAAAAAA